GCACACUCACUCACACAGACGACAGAUUGCCUUGAGGGUUGAGCCUCGUCGCUGGGUUUCAUGCACUCUUGCCUGUGUGUGUACAUGGAGCUGAAACUUUAGACACACUCACGCUUGUCUCAUCUUUUCCCUCUGUCCCCUCCUCCAGCACACCUUUAUGUUGUUUGUCUUGCCCUCCAUUCCCCCCCCCCUAACUCACUAGCUCACCCUCAGCUCUACUCUGUGCUGUCAGACCUUUGGAUUUGUGUGAAAACUGUGACCACAAGAUGCUGAAGAUGCUGCUGCUGUUUGAGCUGCGUGCUCAUUUCAGGGCCCACUGAGGAAGAGUUCAGGACUUCAUAUGCGAUGGGGAACUGAAAAACUUGAAGCAACCACUUUUUCCAGCAUUUUCACCGACAGAUCCUUGCAUUCCCAAGAGUUUGGAAUUUAUUAAGGUUUUUAAAGUGACAAACAGCAAGAAAACAAAAAAACAAUGAGGACCAAGCUGUACCUGCUAACUGCACAUCUCUUUCUGCUGGGAGUUUUCCUCUUUGUGGUGGACAGUAAAGGAACUUUUUAUGGAGGCCAGAUCAACCCUUUCUUUGGACACAGAUACCACCUUUACAAAGCUGGAGUCAACCCUCAGCAUUCACCAAACAAGCCCAUGACUCGUCACAAAAACCACUGUGCCCACAUGGUUCAGAAGAACGUCACAUGUGUCAUGCAGGACGGAGUGGCAACAUUUGUGAAGGCUGAGUACACCACCAAGUGCAUCUGGGGACAGAAAUGUCCUGUUGUUGUAUACAGGACGUUUUUCAAGCCUCUGUACAAGGUGGGCUUUAAGACGGUGACCGAGCUCGAGUGGAGAUGUUGUCCGGGAUAUUCAGGAGAAACCUGCAGUGACAGACACCCCUCCCUGCCUGAAGUUACUGGAAGAGGCCAGCUAGAUCCAGACAAACCCUUCCCAGGUGUGCCCACAGGACAUGUGCCUUCAGUCAGUGGAAGACCCACACAUGGAGUGACUGGAGAACGCCUGAACCACAUGGACAAAGACCUGCAACGUUUCAAUCACAGUCUAAGAACCCUUAAUGGGGUGGUAGCCAGCCUUGCAGACAGACUUAGCACUCUCAAUGGAUUUGGUGACUUAAAAAGCAUAGUGACAGAAGUCCAAGGCAGACCCGUUCUUACCCCUGGCUUGACCUCUCAUCUGGAGGAAAUCUUAGAUGAUAAGCUAGCAAGGUUGAGGACAGAGAUCUACAGUCACUUUGAGGAUCGUCUGGACAGCCUGGAGAAACACUACAAUGAGAAGAUCCAGGUAGUGCAGAAGCAGUGUCAUGUGGAGUGCUUGAAUGGAUGGGAGCAGAUGCAGCAGCGACUGGAUGGCACAGAAACCAUUGGCAAAAAAGAGUCUGGGCCUUUGCCACAUCAAAUCCAGGGUUUAACUCUGACCGAGAGCUGCUGCGGACAGGUGAACAACUUGUCUGAGCAAUUGCUGUGGCUGCAAAGGUCAGUCCAAGAUCUGACAGGAUCUCAAAGUCAUCUGAAGACAACUCUCACUGAACAAAGGAUCCACUCAGAGACCCAUAUCCAGACCCCCUUAGUGGACAUAAAGGGUAAGCCCUUUACAAGUGGUGGCAGAUCUGGUGGAGACAUUGGAUUUUCUGAUAAGAACCAGUUGCACAAUAAUGCCAGCACUUCAAGUCUUCUGGAUGGUCAAGUAAUCCCUGCCCUGGAGACAGCCAUUGAGUCCUUGAGGACAAAAGUGGAGGGAGACUUGAGUGGGAUACAGAAACAUUUGGUAGACUUAGAACAUCUCUGCACAUCCUCUUGUGGACUCUGCGCCCCACCAGCAGGUGGUGUCAGUGGCACUGUAGUAGAGGAGUGUCAGGAAAUGGGGAAGAAAAUGACAGAUCGUCUGAACUUCCAUUCCAAUUGGCUGGACCGCCUUAACACCACCUUGAAUAACUUGCUCAUCCGGACUGAACAGGAAGCUACAGAGGGCACGGUUCAGGGAGAGAUCACACUGCUUAAAGUCAAUAUCAACUCUGUGAACCGUACUCUGAAGGGCCUGAGAGACUCUUUAAGUUUUAUUGCAACUGAAGUGGGCCAUGCUAACUCAUCAUGGGAGCAGAGGGAACAUCAGCUUGUCAACCAGUUGCAAGGACUCACCAAACUUAUGGGGCAUCAAGCCUCUCUCCUUGGAGCUGGCGAGAGGCGGCUGGCUCAGCUGAAGGAAGAGUUGGCAUCCUUAAAAAGACAGUUGACCGGGGGGCUGCAGGGCUGCCGCAGCACCGCCAUGGGCGUUCAGGAGGAAGUGAAGCAUGUUGACAGCAGAGUGACCCAAGUGGAAGGGCAAUGCAGCAACCUGCGGGACAUGGUGGAGCACCUGGAGAGGAUCAGAGCUGAGCUGGAGAGACAUUCUGACACCUAUCUGGCCCAGGUGAAUGGCACCUUGACCACACAUUCAGAACAGCUUGCAGAGCUGAGAAGAAGAUCAAAGACUGAACAGCCAACCAAAAAUUAGACCAGUGGCAUUUGAACUAUGGCGUUAGAUAGAAAACCUUUGUGUAUGUGUGCUUGUGAUUAAACUAAAAUAAAUGCUCUUUUUCUGUGUACUUUCUUUUUUGAGUGCUACCUGCAUGGAUGCAGCCAAUAAAAGCCAUUUCCUAUAAGCUACCUGCUCCAGGUUUCCUGGGUGUCUGCUUGAUUUAUCAGAGUGAAAAGUGGAAGACAAGGACAUUUGGUUAAAUAACCUAGCAACAUUUGCCUUGCGUUUGAAUGCACAGGGCAUUUUACUCUGAUUAUAGUUCUUUUUUCAUUUUUAGCUUUUUUUUAACUUAUAUAAAUUGAUAAUGUAGUUUUUGGUAAAUGUUUGAACUGGAACAACGAUAAAAGCUAAAAAUGCUGCUAUGGGUUUCUCCUGAUAAGCAUCACCAGCAUCCUCUGUGUGGACACUAGUUUGGCCUCUCGAGCAAGAAAUGUAUGUCAACUUGGUGCUAUUUGUAAUUUUUGGAAAUUGCCUUUAUUUACGAAUUGCUUAUUUACUGUAGCUUUGAUUUGUAAAUUGUCUUUUUUUCAUUGCUGCACAAACGUGCAGAGAAGUUGAUGACUCACCACUGGGGACAGUCUGAACAUAAUACUUGCUGUAAAGAAAGAAAAUGGAAAUUAAAUGUCAAAUACUCCA